CGCGCAAAUUAUCAUCCGCGUUCACGUAUCCGCGGCCCCGAGGAAGAAAAAAAAAAGUGGAUCACGUGACCCAUUUGCUCGAAUUACAUUUCAAAUUUUUGGUGCGCGCUCCUGCUCCACACGACAGAGCCGGAGGAGCCGAGCAGCCGCUUCAGCGCAGCCCGUCUGCUCCACGUUGAAAACAAACAGACCCGAGGAACCGGCAGGAUGUCCGACGAGAAGACAAAGGAGGGAGUGAAGACGGAGAACGACCACAUCAACCUGAAGGUGGCCGGCCAGGAUGGCUCAGUCGUACAGUUCAAGAUCAAAAGGCACACUCCUCUCAGCAAACUCAUGAAGGCGUACUGUGAAAGACAGGGAUUGUCGAUUCGUCAGAUACGGUUCAGGUUUGAUGGGCAGCCCAUUAAUGAAACGGACACACCUGCACAGCUGGAGAUGGAGGAUGAGGACACUAUUGAUGUAUUUCAGCAACAGACUGGAGGAGUGCUUUCUUAAAUCAAAUUGGGAUUCAUGGAAGAACUUCAGCACCAUUUUUAAUGCUGUAUUUCUUUGUUUUUUUUUUUUCUCUCACCCUUUUGACAGGA